CAGCCCCUGCAGGCCGUGUGUGACUUCAAACAGAUGGAGAUCACGGUGCACAGGGGCGAUGACUGCACGCUGCUCAAUAACUCCCAGCCCUACAAGUGGAAGGUGCGGAACCCCAAAGGAGGCGAGGCCACCAUGCCCUCCGUCUGCUUCCUGGUCCCGCCCACCAACAAGGAGGCGGUGGAGAGCGUCACCGAGCUGGACGGCGGUCUGAAGAAGAUGUUUGUGCUGUGGCAGAGGCUCCACGUUGACAUGAAGAGCCUCCUGUCGUGGCAGUACCUCAUGAGGGACAUCCAGCACAUCAGCUCCUGGAACUUCUUCAUGGUUGAAGAGUACCGGCUGGCCCUGAAGAACCUGGAGCUGCACUACCAGAACUUCAUGAAGGACAGCCCGGACUCGGAGAUGUUCGGCGCCGACGACCGCCUGCAGGCGGAGAACGGGUUCCAGUGGCCCGGCAGCACUAAGACGAUCCUAGUGCAGUCUUUGGAGCAAGGACAUGUUCCAGGCGGAGCAGAGAACCUCUCUGGAGAGCAAGAUGAAACUCUGUGUAAGACCUACAUGAGUCAGAUCCGAGACCUGCGGCUGAGGCUGGAGAGCUGUGAGAACCGCACCGUCAGCCGCCUCAGGCACCCCGUGGACAAGGAGCCGCUCCAGGCCUGCACCCAGAGGGCCUCCGACCAGAAGCAAGUGCAGAUCGAGCUGGAGAGCAUCAAGAAAGACCUGGGGAAGGUGGCCACGCAGACGGAGAGUGUGCUGGCGUCGCCUCAGGCCUCGGGCUCCAUGCCUCUCCUGCGCUCCGAGCUGGACGCCACCCUCAAGAAGAUGGACCACGUCUACAGCCUGUCCUCUGUCUACAUCGACAAGUUGAAGACCAUCGAUGUGGUGAUCCGCAGCACACAGGAAGCUGAGGAGGGGCUCAAGAAGUUUGAGGGCCAGCUGCGUAACGUCAACAAGGUUCCUGCUGAGGAGAAGGAAGUGAAGGCUCACCUCAGCCAGCUCAAGAAACUGUGCGAGGACGCCGAUAAAGAGCAGGCCACGUUCGAGCGCUUGGACCAGGAGCUCCAGAAGGCGGCGGCGGUGCACGACCGCAUGAGGAGCGUCCACAGCGAGCGCGACGCCGAGCUGGAGCACUACCGCUCGCUCAUCACCAACAUGCAGGAGCGCUGGCAGGCCGUGUCCGCCCAGAUCGACCUGCGCCAACGUGAGCUGGACAACCUGGCCCACCAGAUGAAGCUGUACAGAGACAGCUACGACUGGCUCAUCACCUGGGCGGCCGACGCCAAGCAGAGGCAGGAGAAGAGCUGUGCCGCUCCCAUCAGGGGAGCCUCAAUGCUCAAGGACCAGCUGGCUCAGGAGAAGAAACUCCUGCAGGAGAUUGAGAAAAACAAAGAUAAAGUGGACGAGUGUCAGAAAUAUGCCAAGUCUUACAUCGACGCCGUGAAGGACUACGAGCUUCAGCUGGUCACCUACAAAGCCCUGGGUGAACCACUGGCCUCUCCCGCCAAGAAAUCCAAAAUGGACUCCGUGUCCGAUAACAUCAUUCAGGAGUAUGUCAACCUGAGAACUCGCUACAGCGAACUGCUCACCCUCAUGAGCCAGUACAUCAUCUUCAUCACGGACACACAGCGCCGCCUAGAGGACGAGGAGGUAAGUUACACGUGGCGUUCUUCCUUCAGCAGGAGCAACAGCAACACUGCUCCGGGACUCAAAUGAACACUAACACUGAGUUCUAUCCUCAUGUAUGGAGAACCAUACAGAUUAGUUUAUACCAUUGUAUAUGAGUUGGACUCAGAAUGUACACACACUGAAUGGAACGCGGACGGAACCAACCUAUAGGCCAUGCCACUCAGGGAUCGGUGCUCGAGUUUAGAACCAAAUAUCUACCUUUCUCUAUUGAAGAGUGGGUUAGGUUUAGAGUGUAGAGUUGUCUCCACCAUACCAGUUACACUGAGUGCCCUCCCUUGGGUCGAUUCCCAGUUAAUGUCUAAAAAUGUUUAAUAAAUAGAUGAGGAGGUUUAGGAGGUGAAGAUGGAAGGUGUUCACUCGUGAUUACGGAGGCCGCUGAUCCAAUGUUAGUGGUGCAGCACAUCUCCAUUACCCAGUGGUCUGCCAUCCUCUAUGUACAGCUGUUUCGCCCUCGUAGCUGUCCAUCACCCAGUGGUCUGCCAUCCUC